ACAUGUGUUUAGUGGGCUGAUUUUGUGGUAUUGGUCAUGUAACUCAUGGUGUACUGAACUCGACGUGCUUGGUGAACCACGCCUGUAGGGUAGAGUCCGCCUUCGCAUUAUAUACAGGGCGCCAUUAUCCACAUAGUCUUUCCCCUGGUAUCUCAAGUAGUGUAAUUCGGCCAACUUCCAUGUGUCCAAAGCCCACGUUAUGGAAUUGAGUGACGAGAUUUCGCUAAACCACGCACCUCCCCCGGAUCCAGCAGGGGCAUUCCAAUCUUCCCGCUCCGGCAGUUUCAACCCCAGAUUCUUACUCCUCAUCUUUAUUUCCCACGAGUUGAAGACAUCUCGAUGGAUGCUCAUGCGACCGCUAUUCAGAACGCAUCCGGCGAGUCGUUUGUCGUCGCUGCAUCGUGUGCUUCCGUUUGUAGGGUAGAAGGUUCCGUUAGUUGGUGAUACAUAUAUACUUGCCAUUCGAUUCCGAGUCGGAAACUUC